CCUCCAAAACAAACGAUUAAAUUGACAACGGAAAAGAAAAAGGAGCUUGCUCAUGACAUAACAGAGUUCUUGGAAGCUUAUAAGGAACAGACUGAAAAACGAAGAAAGGAGCUGUCUGAAAAAAUAGAUGCAUACUAUCUGGAACUACGGGACGAUAUUCGUAGAGCCGCUGAAUUGAUUCUGUCCAAGGAUGUGCUCAAUAUGAACUUGUUUGAAUUCCUGCGCGCUACCACCGUUAAUGAAUCCACGGAAACCUCUGAAGAACUCUCUACAGCAAGUAAAAACCCUUCAUCAGAAAAGAUUGAUAUCACCUCCGAAGCUGUAGCUGCAUUUGAGAACCUUUCAAUUCCUGUUGAGACUAAACACAGGAAAAUUCUGGGUGCUGACAGACUCCGAAGGCAUUUCUCGGAGGAUGACAAUGCUAUCGUUUGCAUCUUGCAUAAAAAAGUAUAUUCAUACUACUUUGAUUAUGGUAAUAACUUCGCUUCACUCCCUUUUACUGUAAGAGUUCCGCCAAGUUGCGUGCCAUAA